AUGGGUCUCGAGCGUGCCACAAUUGACUACUACGGUGUAGGCCAGUACAGUCUUGGUCGUGCUUUCCUCAUCAUCUACGUCAGCAUGAAUGAUGACGUAUUCCCCAUCUCGGCCACCCAUUGGCUACUUCUGAUUUGCGUUCUGCUCAGCUGGACAGAUUUCGUGUGCUGUGUGAUAUCUCAGCUAAAAUUCCAUCGUCCUUAUCCGCUGCUGGCAAAGAAACUGUGGCAAGUAGUGCCCUUCGUAGUCCAUGGCGCGUUCUUCAGUUUUCUCAUCGCUCCCCGCGUCAGGGGCUGCCUUACCUCCCCUGAUUGUCACAUGUUCUGGGACCAGCCCGGACUGUACUACAUUUUCCUCGAACUCAUAGCGGGGGCCAUCUGUAUUUUGACCUUCUCGAGCCACAUGCCCGAGAAGAUCUGGCCUGGAACAUUCGACUUUUUGGGUCAAGGUCACCAAAUAUUCCACGUUGCCAGCGUGACGAUGACAAUGUUCCAGUUUGAGUCAGGUGCUGCAGACGCCGUGCAAUACUACAGAGCGGAACAAGCGCGCCCGGAACUCUGGGACAUCCUGGCCGCCAUUUUGUUGCUCAAGUUGGCUUGCCUGACGACUAUUGUGUGUUUGAAAAACAAGACGCUAGACUGCGUUCGGAAGGAAAGUGACAUGAAAAGCCAGUAG